AUGUGCUUCUGUAGGCUGAGCAACCGUGACCUUAAGGCGGCUCAUGGAGAGCUGGUGGGCAUGCAGCUGCUUUUGGAAGAUGUACUUCUGAGCAGUGAUCACAUGAUCAUAGAGGAUCCCUCCAGACAGCAAGCCACACUGGAUAAACACUCUCAGGCAGAUUUGUCCAGAGUGCCAGUAUUCAGAAGUCCGUUCCAAAGCAGCCCAAAAGCCUCCAGGCUGCUGAGGGACCCAUGCAAUGCAGUGAUGUCCCUUGCUUUCUUGAGAUCAUUUCUGGUGCUGUGGAAGCAGCUGGAAUUGCUAAAGGAGCACUGGGGCGGACUCAAACUGCAAGUCCAGGAGAGCGAUUCUGUCUCCUUCCACAAACAGUUCUCAGAACUCUACGAAACUGACAUUCUCUACCCCAGCAUGAAAGCUAUAGCUAGGUGGAUGGGGAAAGAAGAUGAAUUCGUAGGUAUUAUAAUAAGUAGUCAGUCUAUUCUUCCCCCCAACGGAGCUUCAGAAAUUGAAAUAAAAACCCAGCAGCUUCAGAAACUUCUGGAAAAUCUUGAAAUUCAUAAGAUCCAAGAAGUAUUAAGAAAAGUUAACAGAGAGAUAGCACUAGUGGUAUCAGAAAAAUCCAAGGAGCAGUGUACUCUCCCUACAGACCUUUGGAAGCACCAUGUCAUGAAAGAAAAUUUUUCCGUUAGCAGACCACAGAUAGUUGAAAAAUUUAAACAGAAAUUAAUGGAAAAUUACCAGGAUGGUGGACUAGAGAUCACGUUCAGAAAAGACCACCUUGAGGCCUGCCUCCUCUUGGGUUGUGAUGUGAUGGCGAGAGAACACAGCAACUUCGAGAGCUACUCCAUGUGUUAUGAGCAUGUGUUGGAGCAUGCUAGGCAGAAGCUCUGUCAGAAAGAGCAGGAAUUAGAUAUUAUCCGAAGAAGUUCAGAUCCACUUGAAGACAACGCUGGUCAGGUUGCAGAGCUCAGUCCUACUAUGAUCAUGGAAAUCACUGCUCUAAGAGCUCGACUCACAGAUUUGGAACAGGAGAAUCUGAAUCUCAACAAGCAGAUUAGAAAAGAAGUCCAGGAAGAAUAUGAAGCCUUAAUCCGAGCUUUGUUUGUGACAUGUGUGCAUAUAAAAGAAAAGCUGGAUGAGCAUCAGAUUAAUUUGAUCCAGAAAGUGUGUGAGCUCAUCGGCGAAGUAAGAACAGAAGGGAUUGACAAUUUGAAGGGCCUAAAGACAAAAUGCGGUUCUGCCAGACCUGAUGAAGGAACAAAAGAAAACCCAGCCAAAGAUUUGUGCCGUUCCCUCCGGGGAAAAGUGUUGGGGGCAGGCUUUCCUGAUAGUGAGCCUUCUCAGCAGGAGCAGCUGCAGGCCUUGGAGCAGGACAGCAGCAGCCUGGCCGCACUUGUGUGCAAAGUGAGGAGCCUGGGCCACUAGAGGCUGGCUGUGCAGCAGGCUCGUUUCCAGGGCCAGCUGAACAGGGCAAAGAAGGAAGCUCUGCAAAGUAAAAAAGAGUGCUUGAGCAUCCAGCUUAUGGCAGAACAAGAAGUGGUUUUAUUUCGUCAACAGUUACUGGCUCUAAGGCAGGCCCUGGCCAGGGCUCAGGCCGACAACACCAGGAUGCACGAGCGGCAGGAUAACCAGGCUCAACUGCUGAGAGAGUUGCAACACCGAGCAACCCAGGAGGCUCGCCACCAGCAACAGAUGGAUCUACUGAAAACCCCCAGCAUGGGGGCGCUCUUGGAAGAUGUGGAGCAAAAGGAACAGCACCUGCAGCUCCUGACGGAAGUGGCUCAGAGGGCUUCCAGACUGGGCCAGCUGCAGCAGAAGAGAAGUCAGAGGGAACUCCAACAGAUGAGAAGCCGGCUUGCCCAGGAGUGCAGUGUGAAGCUGGAUGCUUUCCAGCGCGUACAAGAGCUACAAAGUCAGCUUAAUGAUGCCGAGCGAUUGUCUGUCCAGAUGAGCUCACCAGGUGGCCUUAUACCUCGGGCUCAGUAUUCCCUCCGUUCUGCGCCCACAUCAUCCAGACACUCACAGCAACACCUUUUAAAGACUAAUCUUAUGAGCAGUAAAAUAACAAGAAGGAUUCAAAGGCCAGACACUGUACCUAUUAAACACAAAAAAAGGUCUGACAACGUCUUUCUACUCAAUGUGGCAGAAAAUGUUCAACAUUCAGCUUUUCAAGUUCGCACAGCUCCAUCUAUAAUCCCAUAA